GGGUCUUCUGCCUCUAGCUGCUCCACCUGCUUUUUGUUCGCUGCUGCUCUCCCCAUGGAAAUUAUCGCCAUGGUAAGAGACCCAUACGACGUUGAAUUAAUGUAAUUGCACCUUUACCUUUUCAAACACGCGGCAAAAUCUCCCCCGAGGAAUCCCCCCUCCUUCGUCAGGUCCCAGUCCUUCCACCUUCCGUGAUUCCCAGACUUCAAGUUCCUUGGGCCUGCCUUCCUCACCUUCCCGUCCUUUCCACUUUCCCCUUCUCUCUUUCUCACCAGUGCACUGUCCGAGUCACGAGCUGUCGCAACAACCAAGUGCUCGCUCGAUAUCAAUGCAGCAUUGAAUGUAUCAAUGCAUCUGUUUACCUUGAUGCCUUACAGACACCAGCUAUUUUGAUCACACUCGACGACAGACAACACAUCCCAACCAGUCAUGCCGUCAUGAGCACACCACAUCGUAGCUUGCAGUCCGCUACCGACCUUCCUUGAUAUCACCAGGACCAACCCAACAAACGCAACAAAAAGAACAAAAUUACAAAUCCAACACUCACUCUGGCUAUCGCAGCUCUGUCUCUCUUUGUCUCUCUCUCUUCAUUUUGGUCUUCUUGGUCCACCGUCGUCGUCACUCAUCGUCGCUGUUUAUUCCUUUGUCGUUCGUUUUUCUAUCUACAGCAACUUCAACAAAGUCUACCACGCCGAAUCCUCGAUACUUCCUUCAAGUAAUCAGCAUCUGGCCCCCAAUUGGACUCAGCCACAUUCCUAAACACCGCCCAAGAUGCCAUCCCACGCCCGCCGCCAGUCGCAUUCCUCGAUAGACCGAGUCUUCGACCUGUUAGCCGAUCUGGAAGAUACACAGAUCUCCUUGCUCUUGGACGAUUUCAACCACACCACUCCGAGCAAUGUCCCUGUUUCGAAGGCUAUUGACCUUUUUGAAACCGAUCCGAAGCGGAAGGCAAAGCGCAGCUCCACCAUCAGGUCUUCCUCCCCGGUGAGGAACCUCCAGACCGAGCUCGAGCGAAGGCACAGCAGGAGAGUUGCGGCCAAGAUUGCUCCCCAGCACCUCACAUCCCAACGACCCCAGGCCAAGCCAACGACACCAUACAUCACCACUCCCAAUGACCCCUCAAGGAGCCUGUCGUUCUCGUCGUCUGCCUCCGAGUAUUCCGACCGUCCCGUGACGCCGACCGAUGUAUCCCCCGCGCCAUCUUUCCGCGCCCGCUCCUAUAAGCGCAUCAGCAGGCCGACUCUACUCUCCCCAACGGCCACGGCCGAGCUUCACGAGUUGUUGAUGGCCUAUCUAUACGGAACUCCAAGCUCGUCGAACCUGACUUCCGCGACCACCUCGAGUGCCCCAUCGCCCACAACCCCCGACCCAGCUUCGCGCUUCUCUCCUUUCUCGUCUUCUUCUUUCAUGUCAUCAGCGAGCCGAGCAAGAGUGGAACCAGAACCAUUCUUCGACAUGUUUGAGCCCUCGCCUGCCCGCGCGCCCAUUUCGGCAUUCGGUUCUUUUGGUGGACGGACAAGAGCGGAGCCGGCAGCGAACAUGAGUGGCAUAUUUGAAGUUUUGGCCUCUCAUUAAGAAAGCUUUAGAGAGGAAAACUCAUCAAACUCGCACGCUCGCACACACAGGUGCUGCUCUCUCUCUUUUUCGCUUCUUGAUUGGACUUAUUUUAUUUUUAUUAUAUCUGGGUAAUCUCAUUGAGUUGUCAAUGAGAAAGAGAGAGAUAUCGGACACAUACACACAACGCACAUCAUUUCUUUGCUCUGGCUCUGGCUCUGGCUCUGGCUCUGGUUCUAGGCAGACGAAAAGGAAACCUCUCACUGUACAUGUACUACUAUCAGCUAUUGAUUUGGGACCCUCAGGGACCGAAUCAAUGUUACCAAUAUACUCUUCGAAACAUAUCAUACCUAAUGGGGGGCCUUCGUGGCUGCCGAAUUGCAAAA